CUCGAUGGGAAUGACAUGGGAACAUCGACAAUCCCUUCAUGGGAACGAAAUAGGAACAUCGACGAUCCCUUGAUGGGAACGGAAUGGGAACAUCGUCUUGCUCCAAAGGAGGAGGAGGCGGAUCAACAGAUUUGGCCCCAAACUCUGAAGUUGUUUUUCUUCUAUUUCUCUUCUUCUUCGUUAGGGUUUGUUGUUUGCCACGCUCUGUGUUGCUCUCUCUGUAUUCCCACUGCUCGCUCGCUCGCUCGCCCGCUCUCGUGCUGCUUCUCGCCGGUGUACUCCGGGGCGCACACCUUCGUUGACAGUGCAGCGAACGGGGACAAGAAGCAGCUGAAAGAAGAAGAAGCAUUCGACAUGGGAGGGGGUGCGGGACGUGGGAAGUUCAAGGGGAAGCCCACGGGGCGGCGCCACUUUUCCACGCCGGAGGAGAUGGCCGCCGGCACCUCGACCAAACCUCGAAGUUUCAAGCGGAAUCCUGAGGAAGAGGAGGAGUCUGAAGAAGAGGUAUCUGAGGAGGAGGAGUCCGAGGAGGAGGAAGAGACCAUGAAGAAGAAGGGCACUGCAGGAGUGAUUGAAAUCCAUAAUCCGAACCUGGUGAAACCGAAGAACGUGAAAGCCAAGGAUGUUGAUAUGGAUAGGCCAGCAGAGCUUUCAAGACGCGAGAGAGAAGAGCUCGAGAAGCAAAAGGCUCAUGAACGUUACUUGAAAUUGCAAGAGCAAGGCAAGACAGAGCAGUCAAAGAAAGAUUUAGAGCGUUUACAACUGAUAAGACAGCAGCGCUUGGAGGCUGCUAAAAAGCGAGAGGAGGAGAAGGCUGCGAAGGAAGCCAAAAAGGUUGAAGCUCGCAAAUAGGGAGUAACGAAAUUGCCUCCACGAAUGUACUUAAUAGUUCUUAAUUCUUUAAUUUUCAGGAAAAAAUUCUCAGAAAUUGCCCGUGUUUUGUUUUGAUUAAUGUUUUAAAAGUUCCUCCAUAUUCAUGAGUUGGUCUUCACCAUGAACUCAUUAAUCCUCAGUGCCUUCAAAAUGCAGAGCUGUCAUUCUCUUUCAAGAUUAUUCUCUCUGCUUGUACAAUUUUUGUAAUACAUUUUGUAAUACGGACUUCUUUGAGUGAUUCAUGCA